AUGAUCUGGUAUCGCUCUCAUCUUUUAAUUAUCCUACUUGUAAUCAUAUGGAUCUUGUGUUCAAUCCUAGUUUUUAAUAACUAUAAAGAAAACGCAACGGUUAUAAAACGUGUCUUGUUCACAUCUGAAUCGCUACAUUUCGAUAUCAAAUCUCCAUUGCCGAAUUCUACUUGUCGCCACAUUAGACAGAGUCAUACAUUCUGUGUCGAUGAAAUAGGAUAUCUCUGCAACUAUACUGACCUGUUGACAAGUAGUUGUUGUCCGUCUGGGAACUUCAAACAGCGCUUUGUUUGUCAUUCAUGCAAAGCUAAUCAUUGUUGUUCUGUCUAUGAGCACUGUGUAUCGUGUUGCUUAAAUCCGAAUAAUAAACGUCUGUGGAAUCAAGUUAUUAAGAAUACCAAGGCUAACGGUAGACGAUAUCUAUUGUUAUCUACUGAUUCAUUUGAAUUCUGUUCUGCAGUUUGUAGAACGUCUUCACUGACUGUUUUACAUGAAAAUCAAUAUCGGCUCUUUUAA